GAUUCCUUCAAAAAUGUUACUAGGUGUCCUUCCUGGAAGACCAUUCCUUAAUCUCAAUUAAGGAUUAUCAAUAUAUUGCACAAAAAGGAUCCCCUGGUCUAAAGUGUUUUCUCCGAUUUUGAGUGAACGCAUCAGUGCCUGAACGGAUCCUCAUCUGACCCACUGAGAACCCGACAGCCCUCAGCCUUUCAGGGUGUAGCUUGCAUGCAACUGGAUUGUUUGACUGUAUCCGAUUUCUUGGUGCAGCCAUUCCCCUUUAAGCAUACUCUCGGUCCUUGAAGAGCCAGCCUAUUGUCUGAAAGUCCUCCCAUCUGUGGGGGUGGUUUUACAAAAAAUUUGCAGAGGAAAAAGUUUUCAAGCUGUCACUGGACGUCGGCAGGAGACUGAUGGAGGACAGGAGGACCAGGCACUCGUCGGUCAAUAUUAAACUUUACAAAGUAAUCAGAGUUAGAAUCGGAAUGCACCCAAAACAAGCAGCGGACGCAAACGAUGAUCAGGCCUAUGUGGGAGACUUUUACUAGGACCGUGACAGCUGAAGCGCAAGGUCCAAACAAAGCCAAACGCGCAUCCAACUCUGAUGGACUCAAUCGUAAUUCACCACCGUGGAGCUGUUUGAAAGGCAUUAGAUGUUUCUAACACACAGGUCCCAGUUCUGACAAAAUGAACCGUUCGGAGUUGGGCCUCCACGCUGCUGGACAAAGAGCGUCUCCCAUUCAAGUCCUCGUCGCUCUUCUGUUGGUGCUGGAGAUCUGCAAAGCCCUCGGAUCCCCUAACGAACCAGAGAGAUUUCUACACGACCUGCCUCCAUAUGAAGUAGUUCACCCCACCAGAGUUGAUGCCAGAGGCCACUUCCUGUCAAACAUCCUGUCUCACCAUGCCCGCCGCUUACAACGCCGGGAAACCUCAAAGGACAGAGUAGCCGCAGAGCGAGUCUUCUAUCAGUUUCUGCACGGCGGCAACAGCUUGCACUUUAACCUUACUCUCAAUCCAAACCUGCUGGCUCCGGGCUUCAUGACAGAGAGGAGGUACGGUGGCCUCGAAGGGGCCAAGAUCCAUCGUCCUGGGGCCAUGAGGUGUCAUUAUUUAGGUGAGGUGUGGGACAGGACCACUGUGAAAGGGAGUGCCGCGAUAAGUGUUUGUGAUGGACUGACAGGACUGUUUAAGUUGUCGUCUGAAGAGUUUUUCAUUCAGCCCCUGGAGAAGUCAGGUGAUGAGACCUCAGCACCUCAAGCCCACGCCAUCUACAGAAGACACGUGUCUUCUCCUGUCCACAGUCCAGUCAUCCAGGCCAUCUCAGGGAAACCAGGUCUAAACGGCACAUGUGGAAACCAAAAUUCCCAUAAGAGUUUUGAGGACAUUGAGAGGCAGCGGGAGCGAUGGGAACGUCGACAUCAGAGGCAGAGGCACAGAAUUCAUCAACGCUCAGUAAGCAGAGAAAAGUGGGUGGAAACUUUAGUGGUGGCGGACCCCAAAAUGGUGGACUAUCAUGGGAGCAAAGCUGUGGAGGACUACGCCCUCGCUGUCAUGAACAUUGUGGCGGGUCUCUUCAGAGAUGCCACUAUUGGGAAUGCAAUCAACAUUGUAAUUGUUCGGCUCAUCCUUCUGGAGCGGGAUGAGGAUGACUUAAAGAUUACACACCAUGCUGACAACAGCUUGAGCAGCUUUUGUAAAUGGCAGAAGAAACUGAACAUGAAAGGAGAAGAACACCCGCUGCACCAUGACGUAGCUGUUCUGCUCACCAGGAAGGACAUAUGUGCAGCCAUCAACAUGCCGUGUGAGACUCUGGGACUGUCUCAUGUGGCGGGAAUGUGUCAGCCUCAUCGCAGCUGCAGCAUUAGUGAAGACACAGGCCUCCCCAUGGCCUUCACUGUGGCACACGAGCUGGGACACAACUUUGGGAUUCAGCAUGAUGGCAACGGUAAUGACUGUGAACCCAUUGGGAAACGACCUUUCGUCAUGUCUCCACAGCUCCUGUACGGCACCUUCCUGCCCCGGUGGUCCCGCUGCAGCCGUCAGUAUAUCACCCGCUUCCUAGAUCGCGGCUGGGGCUGGUGCCUUGAUGAUGCCCCGGUGAAGGACAGGUUGUCUCUAUCUUCAGUGCUUCCUGGAGUUCUAUACAGUGCGGUCCAUCAAUGUCACCUGCAGUAUGGAUCCGGGUCUCGUCUCUGCGAUGACAAGGAUAAUGUAUGCAGCACUCUGUGGUGCACUGUUGGAACUACCUGCCACUCAAAGCUGGAUGGCGCUGUGGAUGGAACAAGCUGUGGAGAGGACAAGUGGUGCAUCAGUGGGGAGUGUGUACCAGCAGGAAAUGGGCCAGAGAGUGUAGAUGGCGGCUGGGCUUCGUGGAGCGAGUGGUCAGCUUGUUCGAGGACUUGUGGCGCUGGUGUCCAGAGGGCAGAGAGAGACUGUGAAAAUCCUGUUCCAAAGCAAAGAGGAAAAUAUUGUCUGGGAGAGCGACGGAAGCACAGGAUCUGUAACACCACGCCGUGUCAACCCAAUCGGCCUUCCUUCAGAGACAUUCAGUGUACUCACUUUAACACUCUGCCAUACAAGGGCAAGUUUUACAAGUGGGAGGCAGUUAUCAACAAAGUGAACCCCUGUGAACUACACUGCCGUCCUCUCAACGAAAACUUCUCUGAGAAAAUGCGAGAUGCCGUCGUUGAUGGGACUCCGUGUUACGAAGGCAACAAAAGCAGAGAUAUGUGCAUCGAUGGCGUUUGUCAGAGUAUCGGCUGCGAUUAUGUGAUUAACUCCAACUCUGUCGAUGAUCGUUGCGGAGUCUGCAAUGGCAACGGCUCCACCUGUACAACUGUCAAGAGAACAUUUGACAAGAGCGAAGGAAUCGGCUAUGUAGACAUCGGACUGAUCCCAGAGGGAGCCUGGGACAUCCUUAUUGAAGAGGUGGCUGAAGCUGGGAAUUUCUUGGCACUACGAAGUGACAACCCCAGCAAGUAUUUUCUGAAUGGAGGCUGGACCAUCCAGUGGAAUGGGGAAUACAAGGCGGCAGGAGCGGUAUUUAUCUACAAGAGGACAGGACACCUGGAAAAUCUAACAUCUCCUGGGCCCACAAUAGAGCCGCUGUGGAUUCAGCUUCUCUUUCAGGAAACCAACCCAGGAGUGCGAUAUGAGUACACAGUCAGGCAAAACUUUUCAGAGGAUGACGACAAUCCCAGGCCUGUUUACUUCUGGAAAUACGGAUCAUGGACUGAGUGCAGCAUUACUUGUGGAAGAGGUGUACAGAGACAGAUUGUUUACUGUGUAGAAAAGACAAUCGGGAUAGCCGAGGAGCAUUUCUGCGACCCCUCCACUCGACCAGAUGACAACCAAACCAGCUGUUACAGGGAUCCAUGUCCGGCCAUAUGGUGGGUUGGAAAUUGGAAUAAGUGCUCAGCAAGCUGUGGUAGCCUAGGCCAGGCUGUAAGAUCAGUUCUUUGCAUCCAUGCUGUGGGUGCAGAAGAGCAGGAGGCUCUGGAUCCCAGUGACUGCAAGCACAUCCCUAAGCCUGAGUCCAUAUCCGCCUGCAACACACACAUCCCCUGCCCUGCAGACUGGAACACUGGCAGUUGGUCAAAGUGCUCAGCCACUUGUGGUUCUGGAAUGCGUCACCGUAAUGUUACCUGCUCAAGAAACACUGGAGUUGAUUGUGAACAUCAAAACAAACCCUUGGCUGUCACAAGCUGCCAGGUUGAGGACUGUCCCCAGAUUUUGGAUAAUUUUGGAGGCAUUGAAUGGUCCGGCAGUGGCUGGACAAGCAAAGAGGUGCUCAAUGAGAUCGCUAUUCCUGAAGCCAAACCUCACCCCAAAUACAGCACAGCCAGAGUUCAGCCAAGGAAUCAGAACGACCAUAAUUAUGUUGUUGAAGGAGAUUUCCACUACCACAAUAACAUUGAAGAUAAUGAACCCUCUCAUGAAACCAGCAUUCACAUUGAUGAUUUUUACUAUGAUUACAACUUUAUCAACUUUCAUGAAGACUUGUCGAAUGAAUUUGGGAACUUGGAUGAGGAAUCUGAGAACAGCCACAGUUUCAGCUCUCCACAGGAAGCAAAACCAACCCACACUAUGAAAGAAAAUGCUUGGACAGAAACUCCACCAACUCCCACAGACACUUCACCUGCCACGACAAUUACAGAGCUCCACCCUUUGAAAACUGAAGAGCAACAAAGCACAAAAACAGAUGACACAAAGGCUAAGUCUGAGCAAGUAAAUCAAGAUGAAAUAAAUGACUUUCUUUAUGAAGAUCACUUUCUUCCAGUAUCUGCCACCCGACCAUCACCACUGUCCACGACCCCGCGUUCACUAACUGCAACAAAAGGCAAAAGUCUGUGGCCUGAAAUCACCAGCACAAUGCAGAGUCUGGUUUUCACCAAAAAUCAGCCUGUAGAAGAUGAAACAUGGGGUCAGUCUGGAGAGGGGGGGGAAAAUAACUACAGCGAUUUCAGUCAAGAGGAAAAUUACUUUAACCGUCUCACUGUGACUCCAACACACCGUUCUCCUGCUGCCAGACAUCAAACCACUGAUGUUGCCACAAAAUUGAAUGCUCGAGAGACGGUUGAGGUGUAUAUCUCUUCAGAUGAAGAUGUAGAGAGUUCAGAGCCUUUAGGCUCUCUGUUGCCAGAUAAGGCAACUCAGGCUGUGACUGAACUUGAGAGUAAUGUUUCAGAAAUACCUCAAACAACCAGUCAGUACACAGAUAUUCCAGGUGCUUUCACAGUGGAGGAUUGGGACCUGAAUCAGAAUCAUUUUGUUACAAGUGAUAGUAACUUGUGGGAUACAAAACGUGAGCUCAGCACAUCAUCACCUCCUCCCUCUGAGAAACCUUUUCCUUCUCCCAUUCCCCUAAUUCUAAUCUCAGGUAAACAAGACACAUCUGAUGACUCCAUAUCUUCAACUGAAACAGACGUCAGAACGGAUAAAAUCCUUCAGGGAGCUACAAAUAACCCUCCAGAUGUAAAACAGAUACCUCGUAAUGCUGAAACAACUGGAACAGACCCCACAUUUCAACUCCCUACAUUUCAUUCUUCUGAUUUUGAUUACAAUGAAAUAUUCAUUCCAUCAGUGGUGCAGAGCAGUGAUAACAAUCAUCCUGGCCCUUCAUACCAGUCAAUAAUCACAUCAGCCAUUCCUAAACUCAACUCAGCUUACGUACAGCACAUAAAAUCAACUAUACCCAGCCAUCCAACUCUCCCACCUCCAACUCUGCAUCCAGUCCAAUCUUCAGCCUCUACACAUAUCAGAGGUACAGCCAUCUGGAUCACUGGUAACUGGAGCAUUUGCUCCACUAGCUGUGGUCUGGGUGCUAUCUGGAGGACUUUGAUUUGUAGUACUGGCUCAGAAUCUGACUGUGAUCAGACCAAGAGGCCUUCGCCUGCCAGACAGUGUUACCUGAGGCCGUGCUCCACAUGGAAGGUCGGGGAAUGGAGUAAGUGCACCAAGAACUGUGAAGGUGGAAUUAUAAUCAGAGAGGUCCAGUGUUUCGACUUGAGAGAUCAAAGACCUCUUCGACCUUUUCACUGUCGGGCCAUGUCCAUCCGGCCAUUAACACGAAUGCCCUGCAAUGUUCAGACAUGUCUUAACUGGUACACUUCCUCCUGGGGCCAGUGCUCCGAGGUGUGUGGAGGCGGUGAGCAGCAGCGCAUUGUCACCUGUCCAGAGAUUGAUCGAUGUGACCGAGACCUUCAACCAAGCUCUAUUCAGUCCUGCAACAGCCAGCCGUGUGCUCAGUGGCUUACUGGAUCGUGGGGACAGUGUUCAGCUUCUUGCGGGGGAGGACUGCAGCAUCGACUCAUCAAAUGUGUGGACACAAAGACUGAGGCUUCAGAAGAGGUGGAUCAGGUUCAGUGUGACCAUGAGCUAAAACCUAACAACACCCAAAAGUGUAACUUACAGGAUUGCAAGAGUGCUCCCUCCGGAGCAGUUUGUCUUCAUGACCGACUGACGUCUCGUAUGUGUCAGACUCUGCGCUUGCUCGGCCGCUGCGGCCUGCCAAACAUGAGUGCGCAGUGCUGCAAGACGUGCAGUCAGCGUUCCAGCAUCAUGUCUCGCCACUGAGGUCCCACUCUCCUCGCAUGCUUCAUCCACAGGAACCCUUCGAAACUGUUCUAGCGCCAGCUCUGGUCCAGCACUGGAAGCUUUGGUGGACAUAACCCAUAAAGGAGUCAGGACAUUUUGGAACCAGAAGUCGGAGGUAAUCAGGUAGAUUUCACUCAAAGGAACGUCUGCACUGGCUUCAUCUCGAAGGCUCAGUGGCAUCGUGCAGUUUUUAUAUCCAGUCUGUGAAGCAGAAACUAAUUUCUACAUUCAAAAUUCCCCAUUUUUUGAAUGAGCUUUGGCUUCUCAGGGCCCUUACCUGCUGAGUAUUCCUCCCACUGCUGUUUCUGUCAGUAUUCUCAGUCUGGCAGAACAGCAGUGGUUGUAAAGCUGUAAUACUGCGAGUGUGGGCUUUAUCAACGCCUUAGCUUGUUAAAUAUCUGUUGCAGCUUGUAGAAAACAUACAUAAAACAGUUUUAGAGGUUACAGUUGUUACACUUUGGCUUUACCACACAGGUUUUUAAAACUCUCAGAGUGAAUGUUAAAAGAAGCUGCAGAAAAUACUUGGUGCUAGGGGCUGCACAGGCUCCACUUGUUCUGGUGUCAGUAUAAGGUAUUGGCGGGCCCAGUGCCUUUUUUACUUGAGUAGUGAAUCCAUUGGUGUUUUUAAUCUUUCUUAAACACUUAGUUUGAAGUAUAUUUAGUAUGUUAGAAUACUAGUAUAAAACUGCUAAAAAAAUAACAUCUACAUUAUAUCACAUCAGUUAGUGGGAAAACACAUAUAAUAUUCCAAAUAUGUACAAGUCUUUUUUUCUGCUUUUGUUUCUGCUUUGAAAAUGUACCUUUAUUUUUCAAACAAAGUUGAAAAGCAUUUUGGAUUUAUUUGUUUGAUCCCGUCAAGGCAACGGUGGCACGUUCAUAUGUUUCUGUAUUUCCUGUAUUUUUAACAUUAAAUAUAAACCAAGUCAAACAUGAUGGAACAUGUACACACAUGCCUCUUAGAUGCAGCGUGAUAUCUUUGUACCUCUGCCUUCAUUUAAAUUGAUGUAACGUAUUUCUUUAAACAGAUGAACAUUUCAGCAGACAAAACAAUUUUCAAUAAACAAACGGUCUGUCUAACCACUGUUCCUUUUUCAUAUUCGCUGACCCUUUUAAAAUAAACAGAGGAAAAUUCUCCUUUAUUAAAACUG